AUGUCCGACCUCCAAUUCCCCGACCUAAACGGUUUCAGCCUCCACGUCACAGUCCACAUCGCACCAGAAAAUCUCGAAGCUUUCUAUGCAGCAAUGACACCAGUCUUCGAUGCCGUAGCAGCAGAACCGGAAUGUCUGUACUUCGAGCUUUAUCAAGACCCAACGAGUCCGGGUACGAUUUCUUGGGUCGAGAAUUGGGAUGCUACGACGCAGUGGUUUAAGGAUGUCCAGAUGCAGAAAGAUUAUUAUAAGCCGUACUUUGAGGCCACGAUACCGAUGUAUAUCAAAGAUCGUCAAUUCCGGAUUUUGAAGCGAUUGGGGCCGCGAUAUGUCGUGCAGAAGGAGGCGAAUCUUAAAUGAAAC